AUGCCUCGCACUGUCCCACUUGCGAACCGAAAAGAGCGUAAUGUAACCUUGCAGAUCAUGUCCGCCUCCUCGCAGUGGGCGGCUCUCAAUCUCCAGGUGCUGUGCACGUCUAAAACUCUGAAAGACUUCAUUUUACCGGUCCAAAACGACCGUUAUGGCGUUCUGGGCGCUUUGGAGCUGGAAUGCAAGCCAUCGGGUGCGGCGAGGACGGUCUCUGAGGCACUGUCGUCGAGCAUUGUGUAUGAUUCAGAGCGGGUAAUGCAAUGA